AUGGAGGCCGAACCGGUCCCAGACUUCUCAAAGCUGCAAGAGCUCCUGGCGCCGCCGUGUCUGGACCCUAAGCCGCCCCGGGCGCCCCCUGCUCAGCAGGCACCAAGGACCCCAGGAUGCCCCAGACCCAAUGGCAGGUCCUUCUGGCCUGCACACCAGGACUCAGCCACUGCCCUGCGUUUCCUCCAAGGAAGAGCAGAGGGGCUGGUUCAGCCCCCUGGCCGGGACACCCAAACCCUGGGGCCCUGCUGGGAGCUGAAGGCCUUGGAGACUCUGGGACCGUCGCCUCUGGCAAGGGAUGCCAAGAACAUGCUGACCCCAAUCGGCCAGCCAUGCUGCAGCUCGGGGCCCCCGGAGGCUCCCCCAGCCCCUUCAGCCCUACCCCAAAGGCGGCCCCGGAAGCAGUCAAAGCCCCACCCGGGCGCUGAGAAAGUGGACCCCCGGUUCGUGGGGGUGACCCUGAAGUUUCAGAUAAAGCCGGAUUCCAGCCUACAGAUCAUACCCAGCUACAGCCUGGCCUGCAGUAGCCGCUCUCAGGGUCCCUCUACAGGCCCUGCCAGGGGUCCUGAGGCCAACGCAGGAGGCGGUGAGGCCCUCGGGCCCCGGUGCUGUGCUUCCUGUAGGACCCAAAGGACCCCACUCUGGAGAGAUGCUGAAGAUGGGACCCCGCUCUGCAAUGCCUGUGGUAUCAGGUACAAGAAAUAUGGCACCCGCUGCUCCAGCUGCUGGCUAGUGCCCAGGAAAAGUGUCCAGCCCAAGAAGUUAUGUGGCAGAUGUGGGGUGUCCCUGGGCCCCCACCAAGGCCCAACUCAGGAAGGGGAUCUCAGGUGGAAGACCCACGCCUCGGGCUCCAGAGUCCCUGUCUCAGGGGGCCACUGUCCCCCUCCCUGGCCCCUGGUCCGAUCAGGUUUGGCUGAGCCUCCCGUCAGAAAAUGUUCUCAGCAGUGA